AUGUUGUUGGAAGGUGAACAACAAGAGGAAGCAAUGAAGCAAGCCAAAGAAACCCUAGAAGUGCUUGAAGGAGAGCUUAAAGGGAAGAAAUUCUUUGGAGGAGACGCAAUUGGCUUUGUUGACAUCACUUUGGGAUGGAUUAGACUAUGUUUUCUUGAUUUGCCCUUUGUCAAAGAAACCAUGCCACCAAAAGAUCAAUUGGCUGACUUCGUGAAGAAUGUCAGGCAAACUACACUAGCUUCACAAGCUGGUAAAUGA